ACCCCCCACCCUCUCUCCCUCCCCAGUAACACCCCUCUAACCACCCUGCACCCCAUCCCCAACCACCCCCAUCACCAUGACCCUUACCAUCACACCCACCACCACGGGGGCAUCCGCCUCACCCAGCUCACCUCCCUGUCAGGGAUCAGACCAGGGGCCCCACCGAUCCCCUCCCAGGGCCCCCUGCUGACCCACCAGUACCUGCCACCACACCACUUCUUCAGCAGUUCUCAUCUUGGUCCCUCUGGUAACUAUGGAAUCUUUUCCAGUAGAAGCAUCAAGAGACGGUCCUCCUCACACUAUGAGUUGGAUCUCAGUGAUGCGGGCCCUCCUCAGAAGCUGGCGAGGCGUGUGUUCACCAACAGCCGGGAGCGGUGGCGCCAGCAGAACGUCAACGGGGCCUUCUCAGACCUCCGUAGGCUCAUCCCCACCCACCCUCCGGACAAGAAGCUCUCCAAGAAUGAGAUCCUCCGACUGGCCAUGAAGUACAUCGACUUCCUUGUCACCCUGCUCAACGACCAGUCCCAAGACAAAGCCAGGGGCUCACCUGAGGAGGAGACCCAGGAUGAGAGGGCCCAAGUGGGGCUGAACAACAAGGAUAUGCACCCACUUUUCCAGGGUGACACUCCCUCUUCAACUAUGGUCUACCACGACAGAGGAGACUCCACAGACUCAUCGAUCAUCGCCAUGGCAACCUCCCCGACCUCCAGUUGCUAUAGCAACACAGACAGUGAGGAGAACCUGGGGGGCGGGGCUAAGAGCUCAAUGGUGGUGCCGCGGGGCAUUCCGGGAAAGGUCAAAGGACAGAUUCGGACUGCGGUGACACUUGCCAACGACCAGCGGUGACAUGACAUGUGACGUCACAAAGAGGACAAAAUUGAAUACCUGAUGGCAAGUAAUAUCUGACAAACUGACAGAAAGGACAAAAAUGUACAGUAUACUUACUACUCUACCAGCAAUCUAUGAGACUUUUGGAAUCAAUGUAGUUCUUUCAAUAACAUGGUAUAUCUGCAAGGUCAGUUCUGAGUUCUUGUAGCAGUUUGUGGUAGUGUUUGACUGCCCCUCUGUCUGGAUUUUGUGUCCUGCAGUGUGGGACUGAGGCUUUCUGGGUAACGUAAGCUGUUUCAUCAGAACUGAGGCUUCUAUAGGGCUACCUGGGAAAUGUAGGAUUGACUGUUUGUACAUCCAGUCAGCACAGUGUCAGUUGCCCUAAAACCUCUGAAGGAGCCAUGUUGACCUCAUGGCUUUUUGCUUCCUGAAGUUUGAGACAUCAAAAAACAUCAAUGACGGUAACCUUCAGCCAGUAGUUUAUGUGGCAAUUUUUGAAGUUUCCUAUUUUCUUUCUUUAGUCAGAUGAAGAAGAUGGUCCCACCCUCCCUCCCUUAGAGGAC